AUGCAUUCUCUGAACGUAGUGGAAGACCAAAACUUAACGACUUUCCUUCAGAGAGUCAUCGAUCUGGAAGAAGCCGACAAAGAGACCAUGCACCUCCUUGUCUUCCUGCUGAUGCAAUUCUUAUCUCGCUCUGACCAAGCCUACCCAGCAGAAGAAAAGAGCCUGGCGAAAAUUCAAGGAAUCGUACUCAGGCAUCUCUAUCUCCUCUUGGGCUACAGCCAGAACGACAGGGGAUUGUACCUGCCUCCUCAGCGCUUGCGCUGUUCGCCUGCUUUCAGCGUGUUCCUCUCGAACCUGCCCCAGCUGAUGGACCAGAAUCACAUGAUGGGGCGGCUGGUGCUGCCCACCUGCCUCAUUCUGCUGCAGUACGCCCCGUCUCCCUACUACAUACCAAAUGCCAUGGAGUUCCAGCAGCCCACCUACAGCUUGUGGGCGAUGGAGCCCCAUUUCCGGAAACACUGGCUCAUGGCGCUCGUCGUUCUCUUGUACAAAUAUCAGUACAAUCAGCAACCCCACUGUAUGCAGUUGACAUCGCUGAUCAGGAUAGUGCUCAACACUCUGGACUCUCAACAGCACCAUUGCAGAAGGAUACCAGCAACCAUCAUCAUGGGGGCACCACCUUCAAGGUCCAGAGACGUCAGUCAGCCAUCGCUAGGGGCAGACAUUGACCACCCAGAGCGCGCCUCUCCCCCGCCGUCGCCCAUGUACUCCUCCGACGGGCAGUCCGUCCAGGCGUCGCUGAGUUCUCGCGCGGGCGGCAAGGGGCAGCCGGCGUACGGCAAGCCGUCGGCCGCCGCCGGCAUGGAGACGCACUGGGAGGAGGCCGUGCAAUGCGCGCAUGCGCGGAGGCCGCCGAGGGGGCGGAGCGUCGAGGACGAGACGGAGUCGGAGCUGAUCGCGAUACCGGAGAGCGAUUUGUCGGAUAGCACGUUGCAGGGCAGCUUCGACGAGGGCAUCAGCGAUAGCUGCUGCGAGAAGCAGCUGGUCCUGGUGAAGUCCCCCAAGGAGACCUACGUGAACCAGAUCGUGCGCGUCGCCUCCAAGAACAGACCCGCCUGGAUAAUAGGCAACGAGGACGAGCUCCUCAAGUCCUGUGACAAUAAGCUGGCGCAGGCGCAGGACUCGAUGAGGAACUGCGCAAGGUCGAACGGAAAGCAGAAGAAUAACGUGGACGCGUACCAUGCGGGGAGGCCGACGCCUUUGGGGAAGCACAAGAAAACUAUUGAACCGAGCAUCACUCCGGUGUGCACUCCGGUGUCCGACUGCGAUGAUUGCUACAAGAACCACCAGGGGCUGCUGCCGACUCCCUCUCUGGAAAGGCUGCUGCCGAUCGGGUCUUCCCGGGUACCAGACUCCCCUCUGCGAGACGACGUCUUCUCGCCGUCGACGGACCCCCGUCUGGAGAUCCCGAGCCAGGAGCGCCUGCUGCCCAUCGGCCGGCACUCCAAGGACGCGUGCCAGCUGGCGGACCGCGUGCGGCAGGCCCUAGGUGUCGGCCGGGCGGACGAUGGGCGGGGCGCAGAUCGACGCGGGCAGCCGGAGGGGCGGCCAAGGCGCGCGCCUGCGCCCUCGCAUAGCCCGCGCAAGCUGACCAAGCAGGUGGCGCUGGAGAGCCCGCCGAAUCAGUCGGAGAACGACGAGAACGGGCAGUUCUACAGGACCAUGAAGCUGGAUACUCAAAGAGACCUGAUAGCGAACCAUCGACAGCGCAUGCGCAAAGCGGGCCCGUUCGCGAUGACGUCAUACUGCGCACGUGACCCGCGCCGCCCUGGCGCCUGGCUCAGUCCCGACACGUCCCCGAAGGCGACUUCGGAAGGGGCCGGCGACCUUCGGCAGAGCUCGUUCAGGAUUGGCGAAGAUUGCGUCAGCGAACGAUGCUCUGAGUGCGGCUUGGUCAGAGAGGAGUACGGCGACGAGGAGAUCGGGCUGUGCAUCGUUGCGUUGGGCACCUUCGUGCACCGCGAGCCGGCCCUGGCAGCUCCUAUGCUGCCGGACAUACUCAGCAUCGUGGCGAAAGUAACAACUAAUGCGAUGUAUCCUUGGCAAAGUGAAAGCAAUAUUCAUCUGCCUGGCGGAGCAAUAAGUGUAGCACAUCAAUUUUUACGAUGUGUCUUACACCAACUGGCGCCAAACGGUAUUUUUACGCAAAUGUUUCAAACAAACGCACCAGAAAACAUUCGGGUACAAUUUUUCAAAAGUGUUAUUCAAGCCCUAGUCGAUUUUAAUGAGUUGAAUCCAGUAGCGCCUUUACAUUUAUUAUUGGAGACGUUGAACUCGAAGAAGACAUUACCCAUCGAUAUUCUACCAACCAUACUCCAAAAUAUGGGACACUAUUUGAACUGUCUGCCUCUGGAAGCUGCCUUAGGACCGAGUACCCCAAUGUGGGGUACUGUAUUGCAACAAUUAGAAAUACUGUAUAGGAAAGUAAUAUUUUUGUUGAACACUAUGGAUGACGUAACACCACUAUUGAGGAUCAUCGCUUCCGUCUUCAAGAUUCCUCUUGUCUCACAAUUCAAGGGUCUUUUGGAACCGUUUUCCAAAGUUUUGAGCUACGCUAUCCAGACUCAAACCCUGGAAUACAGCUGUCUUGUGGAGAUCUGUUAUUUGUGUUACAGAGCUUUCACGAAAGAGAGGGACAAAAUGAUACUGAGCAGAAUGGUAGUGAUUGAACUGGUUCAGGCACUCAAAUUCAAAACAACGAUACCGGAUUCGAAUCUUCUCAUGCUGAUCAACUUAAUUUUGCAGGACAUAGGCGGCUCGAUCCCUUCGAACGUCGUCAUAAAAGACUGCCCCUCAAUAGCCCUGGACUACGGUCCGUCCUUCAACACUGGCAUAUCCGAAUGCAUGAAGAUGAACUUGACCGACAUAGUGGACUUCCUGACUGAUUUCCACGCCAUGUCGAAAAUGAAGAGCUACUGCAAGGGGGCUCACGUCGGCCUUAACGAUGACACUCUCGGAGGCAUAAUGAAGUGCAGCAUCGCGCAGUACCUGGCCCUGGAGAUGACGAAGGGCAACGGCAGGGACAACAGGGCCGUGGCCAAGUACUUCCCGUGGUUGUGCAACACUUCGGCGACCCAGCAGGGUCCCAGGGAGUUCGUCGAGUGUAUCGGCCACAUCCGACUGCUCUCCUGGCUGCUGCUGGGCUCCCUGACGCACACGGCCCUGCACGGCCACGGCCACGGCCAGCUGCCGAGUCUGCCCGUGCCGCACGAGGUCUCCUGCCAGAUCGCCGACCACAUCCAGGUUAUUAUGGCGGGGUUCGCCGAGCAGCCCAAGGUGUCUGUGCUUCAUAUGUCUUCGUUGUUCCAUACGUUCAUCUUGUGCCAGCUUUGGACAAUAUAUUUGGAACAGGGAUUGAACAGUAACAUACCGAUCACAGAAGCCUACAACGUCACGAUGAAUAUCCUGUUCGAUUUUUGGGGAAAAGUAACACCUUGUAUAUUACAGUUGAUCCAACAGUCCAAGAUGCUGAGUGAAAUUGUGAGUCUCCAUUUUUUGAGUAUGAUAGAAGCCCUAUUGGAAUGCCAGUCAACAUUUGUAGGGAAGUUAAUGCCUCUUUGGACCCCUGUUUUAUGUUCAAAUCAAAUACAAUUGCCAGGACAUCUGCAGGUGCGACUUCAGAAUUGCCGGAAUUUUCCGCCUACCAUUUUCCAAGAGGCUAAUCCGGAAAAAUUGAAAAUCGCCAAUCAUCACAACCCCAUGCUACUGAAAUGGUUGCAGAGGCUACAGUUCAAAAUGGGACAAAUUGAGUUGCAAUCAUCAACAGCUACACAAUUUUAUUCAUUGUAA